CUCCCCGAACCAAUAUGACCCAUUAAAAAAAUGAACCAUGCGGACGAUUUUCCGUCAAAUAAUGAGAUGGUCAAUCAGUUACCAGCCGUCAUUCCAAAUUAUCAAACAGAAAAGGUUUAUGCAUCUGAAAACAGCAAAGUUUGUUCACCUGUGAAUCACCAACUAGCAACAGUUCAGUCACCUGUAAAUAUUCAUACACCAGCAGAUCACCAGCCAACCAUGUUUCUAUCACCUAAAAUUCACCAAACUUCAAAAGUUCAUGCUCCUGUUAAUCAUCACCAAACAUCCAAGGUUUAUACACAUGUAAAACACCAUACAGCAAAUGUUCAUGUUCUUGCACACCACCAAAACAACAAAGUUCAUUCUCCUGGUAACUUGAACCAUGAUUGCAAGGUUUCUGCAUUUUCAAAUCACCAAACUGUCAAAGAUAACACCUCCUUAACUGAUGAAGCUGAGAAUGUUCCUUUAAAUCCCACAAAGUACCAGAAUAGCAAGAUGGACAUUGGGUCACAGUUCAUGAGGAUGUUGCAUCAUUUUUAGAAAGCAUAUAUCGCUAUCAUGUUUAUGGAAGAUAGGUCCACCAUGAGGAAUUUUUUGUGUAACAAUUCUGUGAUUGAUGUGUAUAUGGAUUUACUAUUCAAGUCAGGAGAAUAUGAGAAAGUUGUGAGAACUUAUGAAGAAAUAGAUUAUUUUAAUGAACAAAACUUACAAAUCAUAUGACACUGGUCAUGGCAGCUUUAUAUAAUUUAAAUACACAGGAAGCUUUGGAGAAAGCUGUUGAAAUCAUACGUGACAAAUAUUUACAAGAUAUAACUGUGACACCACCAAAGGCACGAGCAUUUGCUGCAGCUUUAGCUCUAAGACAGGAUGAUCCUAAUCUGGCAUUGAAUAUUCUACAACUUGGUUCUGAAAGUCAUUCCAUAAAUAAUAUAAACUCAGCAAUAAGAUUAAAUGCAUUGAAUGAUAUGGUGAAAAGAAAUAGUGAUCCAGAAAUUCUAGAGAAAUUUACAGAAAUUAAACAUAAUUUACGACAAGCUGGACUAAUAAAUUGUGUGACAUUAUUUCAAAAACUUUCACAUACUUUAUAUAGUAAUCCUCCUAAUAAAUGCAAAUGUGUAUUAAAUGAAUAUUUUACAUCUGAUAGAUGUAUCCCGGUGCAUAAAAUAAAAGUGCUAUAA